ACUUGGUUAUAUUUUCAGCCGACUAUUAAUCUGUGCCUGAAAAACUGCACUCAAAUAAAUUAAUAAAAACUAACGGCAUAAUCAAUCCUUUGUAUGUAUUGGCAACAAGCUUGCUUUGACGUCUGAAGCUAACGUUACAAUUUGAAAUUAUCAGACUACAGUUACUGCCUACUGUUUGAUAUAAAAACUUGGGGGGCGAUUGCAAUACAGCGCAAACAUGCUUCGGGGACGAAAGUUGCCUCCAUUUUUCAAAUUAACACUGAUAGUGUUAUGUGCGUAUAUAUUAUGGACAUUCAACCAUCCUGGCUCAGGACUUCGAGCUGGUAGAUAUACGAGAAGCGCUGAUGAUUAUGUUGGACCUAUUUUCAGGGAAGAAAGAUCUAAUGAUUAUGUCGGACAUCAGUCAGAUCGGAUAUCAAACUUUCGUAAAGUACCGGAUGCUUGUAGCGUUCCUUCCAGAAAUGUUGCUUUCUUGAAAACUCAUAAAACAGGAAGUUCGACUAUGUCAAAUAUUAUGCUGAGAUUUGCAGAUACUCAUAAUCUCACAGUAGGUCUUCCUCUGAAGGAUCAUUGGGAACUGGGAGGAUAUCCAGCCUAUAUUGAUAAACGAUUGAUUGAUCCAUCACUCCCAAAAUAUAAUAUUUUAGGACACCAUUUCAGAUUCAAUAUUAAAAAGUUGAGAGAUUUCAUGCAUGACGAUACAAGAUAUAUCACAAUUAUCAGAUCUCCUGUGGACAACGUCGAAUCAGUAUUCGGAUUCUUUCAGGAUCAACUACCUUUCAUCGACUGGCUGGAAGGUGUUGAAGCAAACACCGCAUUGAGGUUGAAUAUGUUUUAUGAUAACCCAGGAAAAUAUUACAACAAAAAGACUGACUGGUAUUUCAGAGCCAAAAAUCAUAUGUUCUUCGACAUCGGUUACGAUGUCAGCAACGAUGAUACAGCUUUUAUAGACUCUAAAAUUCAAGAAAUGGACAACACAUUCACUCUUGUUUUACUAACUGACUUCUUUGACGAGUCACUUAUAAUGAUGAAACAUUUAUUAUGUUGGGAUUGGGAUGAUAUUAUUUAUAUCAAAUUCAAGAUGAGAACAGACGAUGCUAAAACGGAGGUAAACCCAGACCUCGCCCAGAAAAUAUUAAAUUGGAAUAAAGCUGAUGCCAGAUUAUAUGACUAUUUUAAUAAGACAUUUUGGAAAAAAGUUGAUGCUUAUGGAAAAGAAAGAAUGUCGGACGAUUUAGAAGUUUUUGAGAAAAAGCAGAAAGAGGCUGAAGAUUUAUGCAUCGAUUCGUAUCAACCAUUCAAGAAAAAGCCUUGGAUUUUAGGAGCAAAACUUCGAAAGAAACCUUCACCUUUUUGUAGAAAUUUAGCUGCAUCAGAAACAGUUUAUGGUGAAAGACUCAGAGAUAAAAUGUAUUCUUCUAUUACACAUCUAACAGAACAACAGGAGAACGAACGAAACGAUUUGUUCAAGAAAGUUGCAGAAGGGGCUUUACAAAGCACGUGAAAUGUUCUGAAUAAAUUCCAAUCUAUAGCAAAUUUAAACUCAAUUGAUUGAUAUUUAUAAUAGGGUAAAAAACAAUGUGAAAUUGUACGAAAUGCCUGAAAAUGCGCUUUGCAGGUCUGACCUCAUAACGAAGAACAUCAAUUAUGGCAUAAUGACUUUGGACGAGCAAUCUCUUUUUUAAACAAGUCCAACAAUUUGGACUUUAGGAUUACGGACUAUGACCUGUUUUCUGAUUUCAAGUCACCGGUUUGCAGGUACGUUCAUCCGUUCCAAAAAACAAAUUAUGCCUACCCAGGCUCUUAUUGCUUUAGACAUGACUUGAGGUUGUGCCUUUUUUUAAUCGGAUAUUUUGGAUUAUCACUUUAUUACAAAUUUAAAAAACUGGGGAAAAAAAUCCAUAUUAGAAUAGAGAAGUCUGACUUUCUAGAAUUCCUUUAUUGAUAAACAAUUGAAAUGGAUCUAUUUUACGACCAAUUUAUACUUACUCGGAUUUUAAUUAACAAACUAUAAUACUGUACUUCGUUUUAACCGAAAGCAUUUAAUAGAAAUUAAUUAAAUAUUUUUUUAACAAAUAUUUCUGAUAUCUCUAACACGUUGACACUGAAAUUCAACAUGUGUAUCAAAUCACAAAAAAAAUUAUAUUUCGUUUUCGAUUUAUCUGAAAAUUAAAGUAUUACAAAAAAUAUAUAACUUAUUAUAGUGGGAUAUCACAAAAUUGUAUACUUGCUCAUGAAAAAUCUAUUCUGCACUGUAUUUGCAUUUACUUAUAUGAAUAUAUGUUUUUUUUUCAAUUGUCAUGAUGAAUAAAUCGAGUAAGUUUUUGUGAUUCAUUUCCUUUAUUGUCAGUAUAAAUUGUAACGUAUUAAUUUUAAGAACAUUUCAAUUUUGUGAAUUUGUAAAAUAUAUCUGGUACUGUCCAUAGGUGUAAGUUCCGUCUAUGGCACAGUUUCAAUCUGAAAUCUUUGAAUGAUGAGAUUUUAUGAGUUUUAAAUUAUAAUGUGCAAAGUGCCAAUAUGGUCUUAUUUUUAUGUUUGUGAUUUUGCUUGUUUGAAUAAAAUGCUUGCUAGAAAUCAA